AUGUCCAAAUUUACACGACUAUACCUGCGCGUGCCGCAACCCACGAAGCUGUUCGGCUGCAUCAGCCUGCAGACGGGCACGGAGCUCAUCUCGCUGGCGCUCGUGUUCAACAAGGUGACGGGCGUGUACGGGCUCCUUGCGAUCCUCACUGGGUACCAGCUGUCACUUCUGCAGCUAUCGACAUACGUGUACUCUAUCGGCGUACUCGGGUUGCUUAUAUUCCUCAUUCCGCACAUUCGACGACAGAGUCCCUUUGAGUGCCUGGCGCUGGCGUGGGUAUACAUUUUGGACGCGUGCAUCAAUGCGGCGUAUACGGCGGCGUUUGGGCUGGACUGGUACUUUCACAGCACGGCGACCGAUUCGGACAUGCGACCGUCUGGGCUGUCGAGCACAGUGAUGCAGAGCAUCGAGGGGCUGAAGAAGGAAAGCGCGAUCCAUGGCAAGGUGGUGCCGCAGGAGACUGCUAUGAGCAUGAUCUUCAUCGUGGCGGUGACGCUGAUCCGAGUCUACUUUAGCCUGGUGGUGAUGGCGUACGCGCGACAGGCACUGCAAAAGUACAUGCAGCUGAUGAUUAUGGAGGGUCCCGGCGUGGACGACUACGACGGGCCGUUUGCGCCGGACCUGCCAGACGGCGAGGGUAGGAGAGGAAGGCUGGGCCGCGUGAUGGUGUCGUUUGGGCGGACGUACUGGCUGGGGCAUCUGGAGGAUAAUGGAUGGAGCGGGAAUAUCAACAGGCAGCGCAAGAUCAAUGAGCCGGGCACGCUUGCUGGCGAGGUCUAA